AGACCUGCUAACGGACUCCAUCACGAGCAAUUUGUCAUAUACACACACAACUACAGAGACCCAUUUGACUCCUCUCUCUCUCUCUGUAAUGUCUCCUUAAUCCUUACAGGUGUAUGUGUGAGAGAGUUUCAAUGUCUUCUGAUACUUUCUCAGUUUCUCCUCUGUCUUGUUCUCUUCACUUUUAGUGGUAUUUCACUAUGUUCUUCAUAUUUGGCCCUCUGUAUAAAUUAGAACUAAGGUGAAAAUUCUACCCAAAAAUGAAAUAUAUACGGACAGGUAGCUUCAAAAGGCUCUUUUCAAUCAAACGCCGAAGCGAUUCUACCGAAGAACUUCCAAAAGAAGCUGAUUCCACUGAAGAAGACAACAAUGGAGCCUUAAAGAUUGGUACAUUCACAGAGCCAUCUCAGAGACCCACUUGGAAAUGCUUCUCCUAUGAAGAAAUCUCUGAUGCCACCAAUUGUUUCACCCCAGAGAAUUUGGUUGGGAGAGGAGGGUAUGCAGAGGUUUACAGAGGAAUAUUAGAAGAUGGUCAGGCAAUUGCUGUGAAGAGGCUGACAAAAGCAUCUAGUGAUGAGAGAAAAGAGAAGGAGUUCUUGACAGAGAUUGGAGCAUUAGGCCAUGUUUGCCACCCAAAUGUGACAUCACUUUUAGGUUGUUGUAUUGACAAUGGCCUUUAUCUCAUCUUCCAGUUCUCCUCCAGAGGCUCUGUGGCUUCUCUACUACAUGAUGAAAAUCUGCCAACAAUGGAUUGGAAAACGAGGUUCAAGAUUGGGUUUGGAACGGCUCGAGGCCUCCAUUACUUGCACAAAGUCUGUCCAAGAAGGAUAAUUCAUCGGGACAUCAAGGCUACCAACAUCCUCUUGGCUGCAGAUUUUGAACCACAGAUAUCCGAUUUUGGAUUAGCGAAAUGGCUUCCAUCUCAAUGGACUCAUCAUUCAAUCAUUCCAAUUGAAGGGACAUUUGGUCAUUUGGCACCGGAGUACUUUAUGCAUGGGAUUGUGGAUGAGAAGACAGAUGUUUUUGCUUUCGGAGUCUUUCUACUGGAGAUCAUCUCAGGCAAGAAACCAGUUGAUGGGUCUCACCAAGGCUUGCAUAGCUGGGCCAAGCCAAUUCUGAACCAAGGGGAGAUUGAAAAGCUGGUCGAUCCGAGGCUUGGAGGGGCCUAUGAUGUCAUGCAGCUUAGUAGACUUACCUUUGCCGCAUCUCUCUGCAUUCGAUCAUCUUCCAUGUGGCGCCCUACCAUGAGUGAGGUGUUGGAAAUAAUUGUGGAAGGAGAAAUGAGUGCAGAGAAAUGGAAAAUGCCGGAGGAAGAGGAAGACCAAGAAGAAUUUUGGGGUUUUGAGGAUCUUGAAUGUGAAUGUGAAUGUGAAUGUGACAGUUCCUUCUCAACCUCUCAACAUGACUGUAUCUCAUUCUCAACCAAGAGUUCUUAGAAAACCAAACCUGCUAUCCACUUUUCAUGGAUAUGUAAAUAUUAAAGUUACAUAUACUUUAUUACUAUAUAGAUGGAACUUUUGUAACAA